AUGAACGUCUUAGUAACAUUUGGUUGUGCUUUGUUAGCAGGUAUUGUUAAUGCAGCUUAUGGCUCGGCUUUCGAUGCCUUCUGGGCGUCACUUGGUGCCGAGGAAAAUUAUGACCUUACUAACUUAUACGACGAUUGCAACAACGACGUGACCGGACCUUGGAACUCGCCAAUAGCGGCAGGCAUUGCUGCCACCGGUCUUGCUGUUGGCGGACGCUUAGGUUGGCUCGCGUACCGGAAAUGGAAUCGUUACGGCAAGGAUAUUGAGGAUGCGAACCAGGACCACGAAACGGACAAGAGGAACGCCCAAGCCCAGGUGUCAGUAGAACAUCUGGAAGAACAGGAAUCUAACGACGAACAAGAUGUGGAGGAGCACAGGGAAGCGGAAAAAAAGAACGUCGAAACCCAGGUGUCUCCAGAACAUCUGGGACAACCAGAACCUGACAUUGAACCAGGCGAGGAUAUGGAAAAAUCUAAACUGACAGACACCUUGCGCCUUCAAGAGGAACUGCUUGAGGAAAAGAAGCAGUUAGAGGAAGAACUGAGAGAUGUCGUCAGUCAAAGAAACAGGAUUGAGGAGUGCCUGGAAAAGGAGCAAGAAGACGUCCUGAUUCUGAACGACGAAUUAAUGGCAAUGGAAUAUGAAUAUGAGGUCAGGUUACGAGAGAAGGAAAAUGAAAAUGCGGCUGCAAAAAAGGCCAUGGAGAUGGCUUUAGACGAGCAGCACAGAGCAAAUCACCUCUUGAAAGAGGUCGAAGACCAGAACAAAGCUUUACAACGUCGUCUGAUGGAAAAAGAUGGGUUGAUAAAGCAGAAAAACGACGAACUGGAAUGGAAAAAUGAAACCGAAGUCUCUAGAAAGGAGGAAGAGCUGAACGCACUCUUGAGAGAAGUCAGUCAAAAGGAAAAAGACUUCGGUUUCUACAUGAAAAAUGCUAAGAAGGACAUGGAAGAGAGAGAAAAGUGUCUCGCCCAAAAAGGAAAGGAGCUGGAUAAGAAGUUCUCCAAUAUACAACAGGCGAAGAAGGACCUCAAAAGCGAAGAGAAGAGGGCAGAAAAGGCGGGGCAAUCAGCCCAGGAGAAGGAAAAUGUCCUACUGAAAUUGGAGAAGGAGUUGAAGAAGAGGGAAAAAGCUGUCUUUGAUCAAGAAAAGAACCUCCUUCAAUUACAAGAAAAGUUGCGAGGAAAAGAGGAAGCUGUCCUGAAACUGGAGAAGAAUGUGAUAAAGUUCGAAGAAGAGUUACAAGCCAAAGAAGACGCUGUAACCCAAACGCAGAAUAACCUGUUGGAAUUCAGUGAGAAAUUACAGGAGAGAAAACACGAACUGGUGGCAAAGGAGGAGUCCAUCCGCCAUCAAGAAUCUGUUCUCAUGGAAUUCAGUGGGAAGUUACAGGCGAGAGAACAAGAACUAGUGGCAAAGGAGGAGUCCAACCACCAUCAAGAAUCUGUUCUCAUGGAAUUCAGUGAGAAAUUACAGGCGAGAGAACACGAACUGGUGGCAAAGGAAGAGUCCAUCUGCCACCAAGAAUCUGUUCUCAUGGAAUUCAGUAAGAAGUUACAGGCGAGAGAACAAGAGCUGUUGGUUAAAGAAAUAGAAGAGGACUCGCAAGGGCAAAAAGGUAGGCAGCUCCUUCAAAACGAGAUAAGUCCAAUGUUAGACGAAGGGUUACCUGAAGAAGGUGAACCCCAAGGAAGUUGUGAGAGACCCCCAGGCGAUGAGGACAAAAUUCUACCUGCUGCCAGUCCCUUCGCUUUACUGAAUGAAGUGGAGAAUGUGAAUGUGAAAGAAGAAGGCCUCAAAGAGAGUGAAGGGAAAAGAAGGAAAAAUAGACGCAAAAAGAGGCAAGAGAGACAGCAAGAGCGUCUUGAGGAGGAAACCACCGCUGUUUCAGAAGCAGCCACCAAACCUGAAGUGGAAGGCAGUGAACCUGAAGGAGGAAGAUCUGGAAGGUCAAACCUUUCAGAUGAGGAGGAAUCACUGCCUGUUGGGAAGGACGACGUGGAAAUGGCUGAAUUAUCUACUGCCAAUCCUCUCAACUUCAUCUAUGAUGUGGAACAACUGGAGAAAGAAUGGAUAGAGGAGGAGAAGAAAGGAAAACAACGGAGAAACAGAAGGAGAAAGAGGCAGCAAGAAGAGACUGCAGAUUAUACGCCUGUGAACACUGAACCUGAAUCAGGAGUUGAAAAAAAUUUCAUAAUAGAGGACACUUUAGAAAUGGAAGACAACUAUGAAUCACAUGAUGACAGCGAAGAAUCAACGUAUUGGGAAGACACAGAAGAUGAGGAGUUCUCAGAGGAGCAUGAGGAGGACGUGGACGACUCAGAAGAGGUUGAGGAGGAUGAGGAGGACUCUGAACUAGAUAAGGAGGACUUAGAAGACUUAGAAAAUGAUGAGGAGGAUGAGGAGGACUUAGAAGAUGAGGAGGAUGAGGAGGACUUAGAAGAUGAGGAGGAUGAAGAGGACUUAGAAGAAGAUGAGGAGGAUGAAGAGGACUUAGAAGAAGAUGAGGAGGAUGUGGAGGACUCGGAACAUAACAGGCCUAAAGCUAAAGCUAAAGCUAAAGCUCCAGCUCAAGAGUAUGUAUGGCGGAUUCCAGGGCUACCCAGGAAACGAAUUCCGGGACUACAGAAGAUGAGGCCACCGAAACCACAAGCGAAAAAAUCGCGGAAGAAGACGAAGGAGCAAAAGAGCCAAAUGAAAGAGGCUCGAAAACAAGCCCACCACAAGGUUAUGAGGAAUCAGUUCCAGCGAGGAGGAAACAGAUGGACUUAG